AUGGCUUCCGACGUUGUAGUUUCAAGCAUCAAAGUUAUGAAUCAAGAUCUUAUAAAGUUGGAUCGCUUUGAUGGAACCAACUACAUCAGAUGGCAAGAUAAUAUGACAUUCUUAAGUUCACUAUAUCCUGACUUAGCACUCAUUCCUAAACCAUCAGAAAAUGACUCUGAAGAAGUCAAGAAGGAGCGCAAGAAACGUAAGGAGGACGAACUGCUAUGUCGUGGACAUAUUCUGAAUAUGUUGUCUGAUCGUCUCUAUGACCUCUAUACUGACAAUUCGUCUGCAACAGAAAUCUGGAAAGCACUCGAAUUCAAAUUCAAGGCAAAAGAGGAAGGCACGAAGAAGUUUUUAAUUUCUAAAUAUUUUGAUUUUAAAUUUAUAGAUUGCAAGCCCAUUCUUCCCCAAGUGCAUGAGUUGCAAGUCCUCGUGAAUAAAAUAAAAGCGGUGAAAAUAGACAUCCCUGAAACCUCUCAAGUCGGUUCAAUCAUUGCAAAAUUGUCACCUUCAUGGAAAGGCUACAGAAAGAAAUUGUUGCACAAUUCUGAGGACUUCUCUUUGGAGAAAAUCCAUAAACAUCUUCGAAUCGAGGAGGAAUCGAAGGAGAGGGAUGAUGGAUGUGUGCGUUUGCGUCUUUUUUUCAUAAUAAACUUGAGAGUGAAGGGGUCAAUCUUCCUUCCCAAAUGGUGGAUUGAAGCGGUUAGUCUUCCUUCCACAAACACGAACCUUGGAGCAGUUAGUCUUCAAGUUCCAUAA